AUGUUGAGAACUGGAAUUGGCCGAUCAGCAAGAGGAUUCAACGCUUUUGUUCUUCAAAAGAGAUACACAUCUAGUCAACAAGGCCCAGUAACGAUCUAUACUGGGCCCAUGGCUAAUGUUGCCAAAAAGUUAAAAUUGUUCUCUAUUACAUCCCUUGGCCUUGGCGUUGGUAUAUCUCCUUUUGUAUUUGUUAUUGAUGUCCCUGUACCAUUUGUUGCUAAGGCUGCACUUGUAGGCGCAGGACUUAUCCAAUGGGUCAUGUCACCCUAUGUGACAAAGAUCACUGUGCCCAAGCAACCUGAAGAAGGACAGGUACCCAAAGAAUUGACCAUCCAUACUCUUUCCUUUACCGCUAGAGAUCAUACAACGACCGUUCCUGUAGAUACUAUUGCACCUGCCAGUCGCAUCUUUACAACUUGGAUGAUCACAGACCCUAGUCAGGCUGUUGGGCGUAUUGGAGAAAAGACAGCAAAGCCAAAAUCACUUUUAUAUAUCCAUCCAGAAUUAUGCCAAGAAGAAGGUGUCAUGAAAGAUAUUAUUGAAAAGACAGGAAUUGGACAAGGGUUUUGA